CAAAAUUCUAGUGACAAAUGACAGGCAAUCUGACAAGAAAUAUCAAACAAACAAAUAAAUUAUAUUCAAUAAUAAAAAUUUUCAAAUAGUAAAAUCAACAUAAAUUAUAAAUAAAUAUAAUUAUAAACAUUUAAAUAUUGAAAAGUGUACCAUUACGUUAUGUUUCAAUAGAAGUGUAACUUAUUCCAAAAAAAUAUCGGAACGAGCAAAAAUGAUACCCCCUGUUGCUCCUGGGCAAACAGAGGAAAAGUUAAACAUGGUUGGAUGGAAAAAUACAUUCAACAUGAGACAGAUAAGCCUGAUGAAUCUUGCUGCUAGUCAAUUGUCCAUGAAAAAUGGGUCAAAGUCAACUAUCCCAUCCUACAGAAGAGCGUACAGUAUUACAAGUCCAACUAAAUCCUUAGACCUACUACGAAAGAAUUUACAAAAUGCGAUUAAUAAGGAUAUAGAUAAUGUAUUGAAGAAAUAUGUAGAGAAAUUUUUUCAACCUGCUAUUAAUAAUAUAAGAAACAAUUUGGGUAAAGAUAGUGUAGGGGAGGAACAUAUAAAAGAUGUUUGUAAACAAAUGCUAGAGGAAGCCAAAGUAAUGUAUACAGCGAGCCCAAAUUCCAGAGACAGUUCACCUUAUGAAUAUAGUCACAGUGAAGCAGAAUCUGAAGCUAGCCUUACUGAUCUUAGACUUGGAAGAACAAGUCCUGUUGGUCAUUACAAGAGAAAAGAAGGAGAUAUGGAAAUUGAAACAGUACCUUCAUUUGCUAUGAUGCCAGCAGUUAAGAGACAUAGAAACAAAACUCAUCACUCAACAGACUACAGCAGCUGCAAGUUGUCUUUGAAAAGAGACGGCCCUAAAUGGAAUCCAGAUAGGGUUCGGGGGAAUACUUUGUUUAUAAUGGGCGCCAGAGCUAAUAAAGUUUUAGGUUACGGCCAAACUAGAGGACGUUUGUAUGUUAGACAUCCGAAUUUGGUGAGAUAUUCUGGUGAUCAAGAAGAUAAAGAAUGGUUGGCUUCAAAGAACUUGAUGCCGCCAAGUGGAGGAAAAGCUUAUCUGAUGCUCUUAGAAGACAUAAAAGAAUUGACAGAGAGUGAAGAAUACAGAAAUAGUCCCAAUUUGCAAUUACAUGAGCUGAGAGGUUUUGAAGUUCCUCUAUUUUUAUUGAUAAAAAUAAAAAAUUUUAUUGAAUAUGUGAGAAAUGAGAGAAAAUUAUUGGCAAAUGUUGACAAUUUUGAUGAUCAGAAUGAUCAUACCAUUUCUUCUACCCCUCAAAGUAUAUUAGUCGAUUCUGCACCAGCUACACCAUCCGAUGCUGCAUUAUUAGUUGAAAGCCAAUCUGAAUUAUCUUUUAAAACAGAUUUUUUGAAUAUGUCAUCAGAUAUGAGCAAUAAUUUAACCAGUUCCGUCAUUUCCAGCAUUCUCUCUGGCCAUUUAUCUAACAUGAAUGGUGCUGAUAAUUCACAAGAAUUUUAAUCUAGUAUCUCUUAGUAGAUCUUAAUAUCAGUAUUUGCAAAAUUCAAAUGUUUAUAUUAAUUUAUAAGAUCAUGUAAAAAUUGGCUUUGUACAUAUUAAUGUUUUAGAAUAUCUGUCAAUGUGAAAAUAUGAUUUUUAUAAAUAUUUCUUGUGGUAACAUGUACAAGAGGAAUAAGAUCAAUUAUUUACUGGAA